UGGAGGUCAGUCCACCCGGGCGGUAAAAAUGAGUCAGGUUGGCGCAGUGACGUCACGCAGUGGCCCGAGACGGGGUUCCACGUGCGAUUGUACCCCAGUAUCUCCUGAGCGUCCGUGACCUCAAGAUUUCCCCAGUUUUGUGAUGGUGCGCAAGUGUUCCGUGAAUGGCUGUAGAAAUACACAGUCAAAUAAAAUUGGCAAGUGGCACAGGUUUCCUCGCAAUGAAGAAACAAGAAGGAAAUGGGUCUCUCUUUGUGGUAAAAAAAGACAAGAACUAAAUACUAAAAAUGCAACAAUUUGCAGUUUGCAUUUCAAUGAAACGGAUUAUAAAAGAAACUUGAAAUAUGAUCUUCUACAAUUGCCAGUGCCAAGACAUCUACAGCAGCUUAAGCCAGAUGCAAUACCAACGCUUCAGCUCCCAACAAACACAGACAUUCCUUCUCAGCCAUCACAUGAUGACAGAGGUGACGCUGAUGACCCUCAACCACAACCACAACCACUACAGCAACAGCAUUGUGAGGAGCAAAACAUUCCUUCUCAGCCAUCACAUGAUGACAGAGGUGACGCUGAUGACCCUCAACCACAACCACAACCACUACAGCAACAGCAUUGUGAGGAGCAAAACAUUCCUUCUCAGCCAUCACAUGAUGACAGAGGUGACGCUGAUGACCCUCAACCACAACCACAACCACUACAGCAACAGCAUUGUGAGGAGCAAAGUGCCAACAAGGAUGUCAGCCAACAUUCUGCUGCACCUACAAGCUGUACAGAGAUGCAGAGUCAGUUGUCGCGUCUGCAGCAUGAGAAUGCAGCACUCCUUGCCAGCAUAGCGGAGAAGGACAUGAAAAUCGCAGCCCAAAAUGCUGAAAUUGAUCAACUUAAAAGCACAUUACAGGGUGUGGAAAAUUCUAUUGUCAAUGCUAGAAGGCACCUGAGCACCUUCAUGUCCGCUUCACAGGUUGACUGUAUUUUGCAAGGGAAAUCUGUGCAUCGGUGGGUAGAUGAUGACAUCGGUCAUGCACUGUCACUAAGAAAUUUGAGCAGUAAGGCCUACAGACUAAUUAGAAAUAGAUGGAAUAUAUCUCUUCCAUCACUAUCCACAAUUAAGCGCAGGACAAGA